UACAAAAACUUAUUCGAGCUUUUCUAGCCAAUUUUCAGCACAAGAUGUUAAUGAUGUUUCAGCUUUGCCAAGUUAUGGUGAUAUUGAUCAGUUUCUCGAGCUCUAUUACUUUGCUUGCUUCUGCUCAGCUACAUCCAGGAGAAGUUGAAGCGUUAAGACAAAUCGGUAAGACAGUAAACGAGGAUGGCCAACUAUCCUUGAAGUUCGUCGAUCGUUGUCAACAGAGUGGAGUCGUUGAUACAGAACUGACUUCUGCUCCACCAAACUUAGAACAGAACGGCACCAUCGAAUGUAACUGCAGCAUCACUGAUGAUAAUUACUGUCACAUUACUUCAUUCCAGCUCAAAGAUUACAGUCUUCCAGGCAGGCUUCCUCCGGAAUUGGCCAACCUUACUUAUGUCCAAAAAAUAGAUUUCACUCGCAACUAUCUAUUCGGCACAAUUCCGGUGGAAUGGGCUUCGAUGAAAAAUCUGUCUUUCAUCUCGCUUACUGCAAAUCGCUUGUCAGGAAAUAUUCCUGGACAUUUGGGAAGUUUUACUGCCCUCACCUACUUGAGCCUUGAAUCAAAUCAGUUUUCUGGUGUUGUCCCACCUGAGCUUGGCAAGCUUAUCAACUUAAAAACUCUGAUACUCUCCGGCAAUAAGUUAGUGGGGACCUUGCCAGAGGCACUUGCUCAGAUUAAAGACUUGGAGGAUUUUCGCGUAAGUGAUAAUAAUCUUAAUGGCACCGUACCCGAGUUCAUGGGGAACUGGACUCAACUUCGAAAGCUUGAAUUGUACGCGACUGGAUUGCAAGGACCCAUACCUCUUGCGAUUUUUCAGUUGGAAAAGUUGUCUGAUUUGAGGAUUGCUGAUAUGCCUGGACCAGAGUUUCAGUUACCUAACUGGCCGAUUGAAAGGCAAUUCUUGGUUCUGAGGAACAUCAAUUUAACUGGAACAAUCCCAGAAAACGCAUGGAAAGUGGAAAAAACACUCGACUUAACUUUUAACAAGUUGGUUGGGGAGAUUCCUCCUAAUACAAUACAACGACAGUUUACGUUUUUGAGUGGCAACAAGCUGACUGGAACAGUGCAAGACUCAUUCCUCCAAAAUAGCCCAAAUCUCGAUGUUUCGUACAAUAACUUUUCACGGUCACCAAGAUGCAGCAGCAGUAACGAGAAUAAUAUAAACUGGUUUCGAAGCUCGUCCAGCAAUAAUAAAUUAAGCGAUCUUCUUCCAUGCUCAGGGAUAUCUCGGUGCCCAAAAUAUUAUCGUUCAUUCCAUAUAAACUGUGGUGGACAAGAUGUAAAGAAUGGGAAAAUCUUGUAUGAAGGUGAUCAAGGUGGUGGAAGUAAUGCUGCUGCAAGGAGUUAUAAUAGAUCAGGAUCAAACUGGGGAUUCAGCAGCACAGGAGAUUUCAUGGAUGAUGAAAGUUUCUAUGAUAACAAAUAUACGCUUCAAUCAAAUUCUAAUAUUUCUGUAGUUGACUUAGAAUUGUAUGCAACAGCACGUAAAACUCCCCUGUCUAUCACUUAUUAUGGAUAUUGUCUAGAAAAUGGGAAUUACACUGUCAGACUCCACUUUGCUGAGAUAGAAUUCACAUAUGAAAAACUGUACAACAAAGUUGCAAGGCGCGUUUUUGAUAUUUACAUUCAGGGAAUACAAGUGCAAAAGGAUUUUAACUUUACAAAGGAAGCCCAGGGAUCGAGCAGAAGUUUCACAAGAGCAUACUACUAUUUAUAUGGGAAGAAACUUCAUCUUCCUCUGUUGGGGAGCAAACCAGAAAAUAUGCCAGAAGAAGAUUGGCAACUUCUUGAUAGACAGGUUUUGGGCAUUAUCCGGCUAUCCUUAUCGAGAAGAGUUGCUCACAAUGUUACAAAAGAAAGAUCCACUGCAAGACUAAUGGAAGCUUUGUCUGGGAUGUAUGAGAAGCCCUCAGCAAAUAACAAAGUGCACCUGAUGAAGAAGUUGUUCAACUUGAAGAUGACAGAAAGCACCUCUGUGACACAACAUCUCAACAACUUCAAUACCAUUACAAAUCAAUUGUCAUCUGUUGAGAUUGAGUUUGAUGAUGAGAUCCGUCUGAAGAAGUGCGAAGGAAAGACUCAGGUGAAAGUUCAAGUUCAGGAUCAGCUCUCAACAUUAACACUCGAGGGAGGAGACAGGAUAGAGGCUUAUCCAGAGGCAGAUCCAAAUCAAGAUACAGAAAAAAAGCUCAGUUUCUUGAAGGUUGGCAGGACUUUAAGACCAAGAAAGCUAGAGCUGCCUUCUUUGCGUUUGCAAUUUUAUUUAAUAUCAGAACCUGAGGAAGCAAGUAAGAAACCUAUUGUGAUCGGAGUUGUCACUUCAGCAGUAUUCCUUAUUUUCUUGGUAAUGGGUGUCAUUUAUUGGAAGCUCUGCUACGGAGACAAAUACACAAGAGAACGAGAGCUUAAAGGGCUGGAUUUGAAAACUGGUUCCUUCACCUUGAGGCAGCUAAAAGCGGCCACUGACAAUUUCAUUUCAGAAAACAAGAUUGGAGAGGGUGGUUUUGGAUCCUUAUACAAGGGUGAAUUAGCAGAUGGUACUAUUAUUGCUGUUAAGCAGCUAUCUCCAAAAUCCAGGCUAGGAAACCGUGAAUUUAUGAACGAAAUAGGCAUGAUAUCUUGUUUACAGCAUCCCAAUCUUGUAAGGCUUUAUGGAUGCUUUAUUGAAGGAGACCAGUUGCUUCUGGUGUACGAGUACAUGGAAAACAACUCCCUCUCUCGUGCACUUUUUGGUUCCGGAACAAGUGCUCUGAUGCUGGAUUGGCCAACAAGGUAUAAGAUAUGUGUUGGAAUAGCCAGAGGUUUAGCAUUUCUCCAUGAAGGAUCAGCAAUCAGGAUCGUUCACAGGGACAUCCAAGGUACAAAUGUAUUACUGGACAAAGAUCUAAAUGCCAAGAUAUCAGACUUCGGACUAGCUAAGCUCAAUGAAGAGGAGAACACUCAUAUUAGCACUCGAGUUGCUGGAACUAUAGGAUAUAUGGCUCCAGAAUAUGCACUGUGGGGCUAUCUAACAGAUAAAGCAGAUGUUUAUAGUUUUGGGGUUGUGGCCUUAGAAAUUUUCAGUGUAAAGAGCAACUCAAGUUACUGGCCAGAGAACGAAAAUGUUUGUCUUCUUGACUGGGUAAAUCAUCGUCAGUCUGUUUCUGGAAAUUUAAUGGAGAUAGUGGACCCAAAGCUGCAGUCUGAAUUCAACAAGGAAGAGGCUGAGAGGAUGAUCAAAUUGGCUCUCUUAUGCACCAAUGCAUCUCCAUCUCUAAGGCCUGCAAUGUCAGAAGUGGUGAGCAUGCUUGAAGGACAGACCAGCAUCCCGGAGGUGACCUUAGAUCCUAGCAUUUAUGGUGAUGAUUUACACUCCAAACGUGUCAAAGGCCACUAUCAGCAGGUCACAGACCAGAGUUUAAACAGCACACAAGGCCCUCUUUCCUCCAUCUGA